GUGACAACGACGUCGUUCGCUUUAUAAGAACGUCGCUUCUCGGGCGGAAGACCUCAAAUAGCGCCGGCUGUCUCGCACUACUGGAAGCAUACCAAGGCAUCAAGAGCCCCACAUCGCCAACCAUGAAGGUCCUGGUCAUCGUAGUGGUCAUCCAGGCCAUCUGCGCCACGGUCGUGUCGUCCUUCGGCUUCACGGGGACCGAAGACUGCCCGACACAGGGAGUGCCCGGCGUCACGCUCAAGGUUCCCGACCCGAACGACUGCUCGGCGUACUCAGUGUGCCUGCCGCUGUUCGGCUUCAAGCUCAAGUGUACCGUGGGACAGCACUUCAGCGUCGCUGCUGGCAAAUGCCAGCCUGCCGCUGUCGCCGGAUGUGACCCCGCCGCUGCCGAAGCAGUUUCCGAACCGCAAGUUGCUCCGGAGCCUGCAGCCCCAGUUGCCCCAGCGCCCGCUCCCGAUGCGCCGGCACCAGCAGCGCCGGCGCCUGCUGCACUUGCCUUCUAAGAGCCGGACUCUGCAGCUGGAACCGCUGUUGAGGGAACAUCGUUAAUCAGCAUACGCGCAAUAAAACAGACGCUACGCUGAAUGUAAAUAAACGUGUAUACGUUGUGCCACG